AAUGAACAAAAAGCAGAAACUAAGGACCCAAGGCAAAGAAGAACGCAAGCAGAGGCAGAUCGGGAAGAGAUGGCGGGUCUGUUCGACAAGCAAGCGGAGAUCUACGUGGACACUCGUCCGACGAACCCGGCGCACUGGUACUCCAUGCUCGCUUCUCGCACUCCUCUUCACUCCCUCGCCUGGGACGUCGGCACCGGCAACGGCCAAGCCGCCCUCGGAGUAGCCGAGCACUACGACCAGGUGAUCGCCACUGAUGUGAGCGUAGCCCAGCUAAAAUGUGCGAUGCAGCAUCCGAGAGUCCGCUAUGUGCACACCCCAAUACCCAUCUCCAAUGACGAAAUCAUGACCUUAAUUGGAGGUGAAAAUUCAGUGGAUUUGAUUAUGGUGGCUCAAGCGGUGCACUGGUUCGACCUACCCAAUUUCUACUCCCUCGCGACCCGUCUGCUCCGGAAGCCGGGAGGUGUGAUUGCAGUGUGGUGCUACAAUGACGUUGAAGUGAGCCCUACGUUUGAUCCGGUCAUGAAACGCUUCCAUGACACUACGCUACCCUUUUGGGACCCCAACAUAAAGCACGUAUUCGAUGGUUACAAGAACCUCCCUUUCCCAUUCAAAAGUGUAUGCUUGGGAUGCGAAAGCGAGCCAUGCCCUCUGGAUAUACCAAAGCAGCUCUCUUUCGAAGGGUUCUUGAGGAUGUUACGGUCAUGGUCCGCAGUUGCUACAGCUAAGGAACAAGGUGUCGAUUUGUUAUCCGAAGGUGUAGUGAGAGAGCUUGAGGAUUCAUGGGGUGGUCCUGAUUUGGUCAGGUGCAUUGUGUACAAGGCUUUCAUGCUUGCUGGCACAGUGUAAGCUGCAUAUGUCUAUGUCCUCUUUAGACUUCAUUACAAUAGAACUGAACCAGCACGGCGGUUUUAAUGAUCCUUUCAAUUGCCAUUUUUCACAA